AUGGACCGGGAUUAUGAGGAUGACGCUGACGAUCGGAAAAUGCAUUUGUUACAACAACGGUUAGAGUUGGCUAGCGUCAAGAACGAAAAUGGUUGGCAGGAUUUAUCCAUGAAAGAAAUUGAGAACCAUCUACCACCAGGUCCAUCCAAACGUCGUUCACUCGGUCCACCAUCUCCAGUCUCCCCUACACAUUUCUCAUCACCUAUAACAUCUAAUAAAGUUUAUUCACCUCCAUCACCAUCACGUCCAUGGCAACUCAUUGAUGUUUUAUGGCAACCACUUCCACCACCUUCACAUUCACGUUUUCCAGUUUCACCUUCUUCACCACGUAAAAGAAAUCGUGAUUCACCUCCUUAUUCACCUCAUACAACUCCUACCAACACCAAUAAAAACCAUCGUCGAUCAAGUUCAGUAAUGUUACAUCCUAUUUCUCCACUUCGACCCACAAGAUCGGAAAUCCCUUAUGGUGGUAUCUCAACAAACGACACGAAAGGUUCGAAAGGUCAAAAGAAAAUACGUUCACAAUCACAAUCACAUUCUACAAGAAGAGUUUCUAUUCAAGAUGUUGAUGCUGCAAAUGCUUUAACAUCAAUGUUAGCUGCUUCUUCCGUUUCAACUAAUACUUCACCUACACCUGAAUCACAAACCCAGAGUCGAAGCUCGUCUCAGAAUCAAAUGAUAUCUCAACCAAGACGACAAACUCCCAAUACUACUCCUCGAGCGAGAAUAAGAAGAGAUAGAUCAAUCAAUAGUGUUGCAGAUGAAGAUAUUGAUGAUUAUCCAUCUUUUCGAGAAGACGAUGAUGUGAAUCAAGUUCUGGAGAAUGAAGAAGUGGGGAAAGAUAGAGAAGAAGAAGAUAAGACAGCAGCGGAAUUGAUGAUGUUUUUAGCUCAUUCUCCAAGUCCAAUGAAGAAAUCAUCUUCCACUUCUAUGAUGACAGAUCGGAAUGGGAAUGGGAAAGUCGCAAGGGUUUUAUUUGCCGAUAGACCUGAAAGAGAGGAAGGAAGAGUGAAAGAACAUUCAAAUUUAGUAUUAGCUCCUCCGAUUUUCGCCGACAUGGAUGAAAGGCGAUAA